UAUCAUGACUUUUAGUCUGUAGUCCAACACGGCCAGGUACAGACGACCCCCUUGUGACGCAAUCUGCUCAUCAGGCUGCUGCAAUAUUUGAGUUAUUUGGUCGCCAGACCCGGACUUUACUCAGUCAGUGGCUUUCUCGUGGACUUACUGCUAGUGUGCCGUUGAAGCGUGUUUAGGUGUCGUCGCAUCUAAAUUUUGCGAAUGGUCCUACUGGUGCCGCUCGCCUCCAGCACAGCAGCUGACUCACCAUGGGACGCCCAGUGUUGAAAAAGCCGAAACGUCGGCCCCAGAAAAAUGCGGCCAAAAAGCAGACGGCGCGCCGCCCUUCGCACCGGAACGCUGAGAUGCGCGACACUCCUGUAUUGGGCUCUGCCCAUGCUAUCCCCUCCACAACCACCACCUCAGAUGCAUCUUCUCCCACAGCCGCCUCUGUACUCUCUUCGCCAGUCUUGCCCGUGGACUCCUGCUCGACGGUUCAGUCUCCGACCGGUAGAUCAUCCUCGAGGAGAACUCGACUCUCGGACUCGCUUCAGAAAAUCAUAAAUUCGUCCUCGCCUGAGACUCGCAGCAGCCCCAGCUCGACCGACCUGAGUCAAGACACGAGCCUCAACACGACGGGACCGCAACUGGUGUCCAGCAGCCCUCUCUCCUCGCCGCCCGAGUCGCUCAAGGGCUCCAGCCCUUUGGAAACCGACUUGAUGCAGCCGGCAGACGAGCCGAUGCCGAUGCCCAGCGCGGUAGUCGAUCAGGCACCCCCCAAAAUGACAGGCGCCAGGAAGCGGAAACCCUGGCGCGCGUAUAAACGAUCUCAGAACCCUAUUGACGAACGCUUAAAACCGCAGGAGCUAUCUCAAAAAUGUCCCUCACCCUCAGACGCUAGCUCAAGCGAGGUGUGUACCGAGGGCGAAGAUGAUGGCUCCAAGCAUGUGUGUCCAGUGUGCAACAUCAGCUUCGACCAGCAACACGACUUCACCCUGCACAUCAGGAGUCACAACAUAGCGUCCUCUAGCUGUGGCGGCAGCAGCAGCAACAGCAGCACGCCGCUCAACCAGAAUAACAACAGCAAGGGCUUUGGCUGCAGCAUCUGCCAGAAGACGCUGAGCUCGUCCAGCUCGCUGGACAGGCACAUGUUGGUGCACUCGGGAGAGAGACCGUUCCAAUGCAGCAUCUGCGGACAGACGUUCACCACCAACGGCAACAUGCACCGCCACAUGCGCACCCACAACAAUAAUAACAACUGCAGCGUCAAUAAUAAUGACAGCGAUAGCAGCGAUGAAAACAAGUGCAACAAAAAGAGGAAGUCAAAUGGCGACGCAAAUCAUGGAAUUCCAGCAAAGAGACGCAGCCUCUCUCCGCCAUCUGACUCUGGCUCAAGAUUGCUGUGCGGCAAGUGCACCCUCACCUUCGAUGGAGUGCGAGAGCUCAAUCUGCACCGAUAUGCCGCCCAUGGAGACGACUCGGUAACUGCUGGUGAAAAUAAUAGAAAAUCCCUGAAGGGGUUGAAUGGUCUCGACUUUGUGGACUUCUCAACCAGCAAAUUCCCUUUGAUCGCGGCGGCGUAUAUAGAGCGCUCAAAAGAGGGCUGGUUCCAAUGUAAGGAGUGCGAGCGGGCUUUUCCAUCCGAUGCCUCGCUGAGAAUGCACGUGGAUUCCGCGCACUCUGCCGCAGCAGCUCUCAACGCUGCUUCCAAAGAACUGAUGUACUCCAGGCGCAAGCUGCAGUAUGAAGAACAGAAGGAGGACUUUUUUGCCGGCCUUGACCUGCAAACAAAAAGCCCGUCGUCUACGCCGUCCCCAAGCAUCAAAGUCCGGUCUAUCAGCGAGCUGUCUAACCACUCUAAAUUCACUGAAAACAAAGAAGAGCCAGUCGAAGGAGAGCUGGAGAAAUCGACCUCUUCGUCCUCUGAUGAAAGUCUGCGCCAGAUGAAACUCAAGGGAGAAUUCCCGUGCCGCCUGUGCACCAUGGUCUUUCCCAACUUGCGGGCGCUCAAGGGUCACAGCAGAAUCCAUUUCGAAAAGGGGGGCCCUUACCAAUGCAACAUGUGCAUCGCCAAGUACGACGAAAAAAACUCCCUGGUGCAGCACAUGCGGAGUCACAAUGGAGAGAGGCCGUUCAUGUGCCGCCUCUGCCACUACGCCUUCACCACCAAGGCCAACUGCGAGCGUCACCUGCGUGUCAAGCACCAACUGGACAACAGGGAAGAUAUCAGAAACUCUAUCCAAUGCACUCCGGAGGGCGGCGUUCAGCCUGAUAAGCCUCAUGAGUGCGCCAAGUGCGACAGACCUUUUCCUACCAGGGUAGCAGCCCUCAGCCACGUUGCCAUUGAGCACCCCACCUUCUCUGCCGCUGACCUAGUCAGGCUAGGAGCUGACCCUGAAGAGAUGGAGGACGAGAAAAAGUUGCUGAUGUCACCUUACAACUCUCCUCGUCGCUGCAGCUCCAGCUCCAGCAGGGAUAGCAUUUCUCCUCCAACGGCAACCGCUCUCGACCUUAGCGUCGACGACGUUCUAGAUCUCAGCAAGAAGCCGGCCCCUUCGGCCUCUGUCUCCUCCACCAUACCAAAGGCGCCAUUGACCGUCCAAGAAGAGCCGGAAGAUCUCACCAAGCCGAAGCACAACAUACCUCUCAUUCCACCUCACAUUCCUCAAGUUCAGCACAUUCCAUACUUCCCUGCACCGCAUCCGCAGUACUUCACGCCGCCUCUGCUGAGCCGGUUUUCAUACAUGAAUGGAAGGUCGCCGUACCCUGACAGCAUGCUGCCCCUGCUGCCCUUCUUGCACAACAUGCAGCUCGCCGCGCAGCCACCCCCACCGCCGCCCCAGGUCGCGCAGAUGUCCUCGCUGGAAGAGGCCCAGAAGCAACUGCUGCGUGGUCUCCAACUGAGCUCAGGUGGAUCGCUGGUCCUCGACUCCCUUCGCAAGCCCCCGGCGACAGUUGUCGAGCCUUCCAGGGUCAAGUCGCCUGUGCUGCCGCAAGCAAAGCCGUCGCCCAGCGAGGCGGUGGCAAAGAGCAACUCGCCCGGCGUGGUGGUGAUCAAGAACGGAGUGCUCAUGCCCAAGCAGAAGCAGAGGCGCUAUCGCACUGAGCGACCCUUUGUAUGCCCACACUGCCACGCGCGCUUCACUCUUAGGUCAAACAUGGAGCGCCACGUGAAGCAGCAGCAUCCACAGUGCUGGAAGAAGCGGCCGCGAGGCGGACGACGAUCCUCACCAACUAGCCUGACUGCCAUGCCUGCCGAUCCGGCGCCUCUCGCGUUCAAUGCCCCAGUUGCAAGUGACAGUGCAUCUAAUGCCGAGCCACGAAUCUCUGAAGAGGUGAAAUUGGCGCUUUCCCACCAGCUAAAGAACAAGCUAAAUUGCGCUGCUGAUAAAGACGAUGAUGCUCCCAUGGAGCGGGAGAUGGAGGAAGACGAGCCAGAGCUAGUGAUUGAUGAGCAGCCGAAAAGCAAAGAGCAGCCCGAAACCGACUUAGCCAGCGUGUCUCGCUUGGUGGUCAACGUGACUGCUCAGAGCUUCCAGCAUUACUUCCCAGGCCAAGACGACGAGGACGAGGAGGAGGAAGAGGGCUUUAUGGAGGGCGACGACAUAGACGAGGGCGUGUUGGACGACGGCUCAAGCAGCGGCGAGGGUCAGACCACAAGCGGGGACGAAGGCCGAGGAGGCAACCACGCGCUAAGUGCUCCUCCCAGCAGCCCCGGCAAGAAAAAGAGCGCGUACUCGACGGCACCUAACCGAGUCAUCUGCCCUUACUGCAACCGCAAGUUCCCGUGGUCGAGUUCACUGCGCAGGCACAUCCUGACGCACACCGGGCAAAAGCCGUUCAAGUGCGCCCACUGCCCGCUACUUUUCACCACCAAGUCCAACUGUGACCGCCACCUGCUACGCAAACACUCAAAGAAGAACGGCAAGGACAAGGAGGCCAACAUUGCGUCGCCACCGUCGACCCCUGUGGCAGCACCCGCACUGCCGCUGCCGCCAUCGAGCAGCGACGAGAGCCAUUUGCACCUGAGCCGCAACGUGCCAGAACGGCCCUUCAAGUGCGUCCUGUGCCCCAGCUCGACGUUCAGCAGCGAUCGAAAUUUGCGCAAGCACAUGAGCACCAAGCACCCAGAUAAGUGCAACUCAUCGCCGACAGCCACCAGCACGUCGGCCACGCCACCCAGCAGUGGCAAGGAAACUGCCGUGCUGAGCGCCACAGACAGCAGCCCCCGCGCCACGCCCGAGUUGCCGCAGCCGUCGUGCAGCGAGAGCAGCCGCUCGCCGAGCGAGCUGCCGGCCGGCUCCUCGGCCAGCCUCACCUGCUACAAGUGCAACCAGACGUUCUCGAGUGAGGCGCGUCUCACCACGCACCUUGAGAGCCACUCGGACCUGCCGUUUAAGUGCCAUCUCUGCGAGAACAGCUACGCCGAGCGGACUGAAGCGCUCGAACACAUCAAGCUCGAGCACAACGAUGAGUACAAAGUGCUGGUGAACAAGGGCGCCCUGGAUCUCAACGCUGAGGACCAUCCAUCGGCCGUCAACAAUAAUAACGUUGACACCGACGAAACCCUCGAAAAUCUUCGAGGCAAAUUUCCAGACUACGCUAACCGAAAGGUAAUGUGUGCUUUUUGCAUGCGUCGCUUUUGGUCGGCUGAAGACCUCCGCCGACACAUGCGCACCCACACUGGCGAGCGUCCGUUUUUUUGCGACGUCUGCCUCCGCAAGUUCACCCUGAAGCACAGCAUGCUGCGCCACCGCAAGAAGCACCCGCCUCAGGAGGUGCAGCGCGCGAUGUCCGCCGCCGUCAGCAACCACAACAGUGACGACGACAACAACUCUAGAAGAAGUCACCGGCACUGGAGCCCGUUCCCGACAGCGCCCGAAGGGCCCCAACCUGGUGCUCAGGUGGUCCGUGAGUCCAACGAAGUAGGAUCUGAUCUCAUUGGCAAUCUGCUUGGAUUUGACCGUGACAUGAUCGACAAUAUGCUGUCCAGGUCAGCUGACGACGCGGCCGCGCUCCUGGGACUGCCCAGCCAGCGGUAAAUCGGCCUCAUCUUCGUCCAUGCAAUCAGUCCGAUCUUAUGUAGCGUUCUUUAGGGACUAUAAUACCUGAUAUCUGAAGGGGCCCGUGCGUCAGAGCCUUUUCUUUAACGUUUCUAGCGGCCUGUUUGGUUUUAUUUUUAUUUUAUUUUUUUAAACUAAGUUCCUUUGCUAAUAUUCUGGGAAGUGCAAAUUAAAUGCUUCGUAUUUUUCUUGUAGUACCGAACCAUACCAAAUAAAGUAGCAUUGAAUAUAGUUAUCGGUUUGUAGAUUUAAGAAGCUUUUCUGGCACCUACACCUAAUAUGCCUUAACAAUGGAAAUGGAGACAGGGUAGUCACUUGUACAUAAACUUAUAAUAAUCUGUGCUAACCCACAAUUAUUAUCAUCCUUGUCUCUGCAGUAAAUUUAGUGUUAUUUGUAAUUAAAGGAAGUUUGAAAUAUUGCACCAAAAAUGUAGAGUGCCUUUCUCAAGUGCACUUCUCAAUAGGGGAUUUAGUUACCAACGUGUAUGAAAGCGCUGCACCGAGCAUUAACCACGAAUGCGUCGGGCGGUCGUCAAAACCAAGCCAAUCAUAGUCAGUGAUUUUACUGAGUUUCACGCUUAUAGUAUAACAUAUAAUCCUCCACUACUUCUCACCAGCAAUCGAUAAUCAAAGCACUUAGACAUAAUUGUAAAUAGCUUAAUUUAUAGUAAUCUCAAAUGCGUGUCAAUUCUGAUAAUCUGUUACUCUUUAUUUACGAUAUAAUGAGCAAGUUCAAUUCGUAGAGUAGCAUUUUAGAAAUCUCUUCUCAUCAUUUCAAUGUUCUGUUAUACAAGUUAUAAUUUAUGCAAUCGUGUGUGCAGAUGAGCCGCAUUAAAAUGAAUAUUAUAUUCGUGUGUGAUAUACUAUUACUUUGCUAACGUCAUUAGCUUACUUUUAUUAUUACGUUACGUUGAAAACCCCCAAAGGUUAAAAUGUGGUUUUCUUGUCAUUUUUCGUUAGUUUUUAAUGCACGUUAUCAAAGAAUACCAUAUCAAACAUACCAUUUUUCAUUAUAUAUAAUAAUAUAGCAUUAAUUUAAAACCAUCUUUCAUUGUCUAAUUAUAAGAAGCAGUAGGCAAAACCUACUGCACGGUUGCCUCAUCUCACUUACUCACGUCGUGUUCUUGCAAUUUAACUAUAUUGUGCUGCACCGUGUUUGCGUUGUAAAACUUUUUGAAUUCAGUCACAUGCUUGAACCGAUUUGGAUGCACUCUCGUUCUAUCCACCAGUAAGUCCAAUGAAUAAUAAUAUUGUAUCUAGAAGCGAUAUGGUUGGUGUGGAUUUUACUGCUUUAUGGUCCGCCUGUAUAUUUAUGUUCUUCAAGACAGAUUGAAAAAAAUUACCUUUUUUUUUCAAAUGGAAACAAAAUUGAGAUGUAUGACAUGCGUACAAUUAUGGUUCCUUUUUAAAUAAAAAGACAUGAAUAAA